AUGGACGUAGAAUCUUUUGUUUUGUCAGUACGAUCUCGUGAGUCCAUUUGGAACCAGCAACUGGCUAAUCACCAUAAUAGGUAUGUCCUCGACAAGCUGUGGAAGGAGGUGGGACAGGAAAAUAACUGUUCAGUGAAAGAUGCACAACAGAAGUGGAAGUCCCUGAGAGACUACUACAGAAAAGAAAUUCGAAAAAUGCAAGAGGAGCGAUCGGGAUCCAGUGCUGACACCAUUUACAAGUCGAAUUGGCCCUAUUUUAUGUUAUUGGAUUUUUUGAGAUCUCAGUUCAAGACGAGACCUACUUCAGGUAACUUAAAAGAGAAAAUCAAACCUAACAAGUGCUUGGACUCAGCAGCUACGGAAGGCGUUCCUAUGGCAAGCGACGAAAACUUUGAUUUUGAAAAUAGUCAAAUUGAGGAGUCCUAUGCAUCUAAUCAGCCUCCAAACGAUACAGAGGCUACUGAGAUGAGAAACUGA